AUGAGAGAUAGCAAUCGGGGUACAAAUGAAAUACAUGAACAAUCACAGAAUAAUAGUAUAGAUUCUUCAGAAACUCAGACAACAAAAUCUGGUUCAGAUUCAGAAAAUGUUCCUGAAACAGGAAUAUAUAAGAGCAAGAUAGUUCAUAGCGAUGUAGAUGGAAAAGACAAAUUGUCAGAUUACUAUGAAGGUGUAGAUAAAUUAAUUAAAUGGAAAUUUAGUAAGGGAAAACCUAUUUGUUCUGGUAAUCCAUCAAACAAGGAUACGGUUAGACUUUGCAAAUAUAUGGAACAAGCGCAUAAAGUUGGUUUGGCCAAAAAAAAAGAUGGUGGAGGUUAUACGGUGAGGAGUGGUGUUUCAUGGAGUGCCAAAGACUUAAAAAUAGGUAGGGAAAAGGAAAGAACAAGAGAGUCAGCACAAUAAAAAUCGUCAACAUUAUGCACAUAUUCAAGAAUAUGUGUUGUUAGCAAUAAAAAUAAAAAAUAUUCUAUUACUUCUAUUUCAGGUGGAAAAACAUAUUAUGGAAUAGAUGAAGAAUCUAAUAUUUUAAAUAACGCUUUUUUCCGUACUUCUGUGUCAAUUUCUUUGGUUGUGGGAUUAAUUUUUGUUUUUCUCCUUUAUUUUAAAUUUACUCCCAUUGGAUCAUACGUUGGUAAAAAAUAG